GGAGAAUUUGAAGCUGGGGACCAGGGAGGGUCAGAAGCCUGCUGUUCAGAAGGAAGCCAGCCUUUCAACGGGCCCAGACGGUUUCCACAGCAACUCGGAUGGUAGGGCAGGAGGCAGUGCCCUCCCCUCCUAGGAACUCGGUCAGUGGGGCAGCCUGAAGAUGGCUAAUUACACAGCAGCACCAGAGGACGAUUAUGAUGUCUUCAUAGAAGACGAUCUGAGUAACAACGAAAUAGAACCAUGCACCCCAUAUGAUCCCAAGAUUCUCUCAGCCCAGCUGGUGCCCUACCUCUACACCAUGGUGUUCAUAGCUGGCCUCCUGGACAAUAUCGUGGUUGUGCUUAUCCUGGUAAAAUAUAAAGGACUCAAACAAGUGGAAAAUAUCUAUUUCCUCAACUUAGCAGUUUCUAACUUGUGUUUCUUGCUCAUCCUGCCGUUCUGGGCUUACACGGCCUCACGUGAGGGGGUUCUUGGUGACCCCCUGUGUAAAAUUCUCGUGGCACUCUACUCCAUAGGCCUGUACAGUGAGGCAUUUUUCACUGUCCUUCUGACUGGGCAAAGGUACCAGGAGUUUUUCCGUGUGAGAAGGCUUUUCUCUGCCUGCAGGGUGGUGGCCGGCAGCAUCCUCACAAGCGCUCUGGCGUGGGUUACAGCCAUUCUGCUCACUUUGCCUGAACUUGCUUUUUACAAACCUCAGAUGGAAAGCCAGAAAUACAAGUGUUUCUUUACCAAACCUCACUUCCUACCAGUUGAUGAGACAUUCUGGAAGCAUUUUCUGGCCUUGAAGAUGAACAUUUUGGGAUUUCUUUUGCCACUGUUUGUUUUUGUAUUUUGCUACGUGCGAAUGAGGAAAACACUGAAGUUCAGGGAAAGGAACUAUGACCUUUUCAAGCUUGUUUUCACCAUAAUGGCUGUUUUCCUUCUGAUGUGGGGACCCUACAAUAUUGCACUUUUCCUGUCUGCUUUCAAUGAACACUUCUCCCUGCAUGGCUGUGAGAGCAGUUAUAACUUGAACAGAGGCGUUCAGAUCACGCAAAUCAUCGCUGUCACCCACUGCUGCAUCAACCCUCUCCUCUACGUAUUUCUCAACAAGCCAUUUAGGAAACACCUCUGCCAACUCUGCCAUCUACUCAAUGGCACUGUUCCUCAACCCACUGAGGAAACUGCCCAAGGCACAUCAAGGGAAGAAUAUCGCCUUUCCACUUAAACGUAAACUAGCUCCUGUC